AUCCUCCAACAUUAUUUUAAAAAUCUUAUGGAACAUCGUGUCUCGUAUAUCCUCGUAGUUUUUGACGUACUACACAGUUCUUAAAUACGGCGGCCAUCUUAAGUGUUUUGGCUGGGAUACUGUUGCUGGUUUUUGCCUAUUAACGAUAAUAGUUAUAAAAAUAUUUAUAAAAAAAAAGAACACUAUUUUUUUGCCAUGUCUGGUGCUUAUUCCCGAACUAGUGGACUAAUUCAAAGGCGAACUGCUACUGUUACUAAUAGCACAAAUGAAUCUACAAAUGACGAAAAAGAGGAAAAGUCUAGCCCAGAUGAAGACGAGGAUCUUGAUUCAAAAGAAACUCGAUUGACCCUAAUGGAAGAAGUCCUUUUACUAGGAUUAAAAGACAGAGAGGGUUAUACUUCAUUUUGGAAUGACUGCAUAUCAUCUGGACUUCGAGGAUGCAUAUUGAUUGAGUUAUCUUUGCGAGGCAGAAUUGAACUUGAGAAAGCUGGAAUGCGUCGCCGGAGCCUGACUAAUCGAAAAGUUAUUUGUAAGAAUGAUCAGCCAACUGGAGAUGUUUUACUGGAUGAAGCCUUAAGACAUAUAAAAGAAACCCAGCCACCUGAAACUGUACAAUCAUGGAUAGAAUAUUUAAGUGGUGAAACAUGGAAUCCAUUGAAACUGCGCUAUCAGUUGCGUAACGUUAGAGAACGUCUUGCUAAAAAUUUGGUGGAGAAAGGAGUUUGCACAACAGAAAAACAGAACUUUCUUCUGUUUGAUAUGACCACACAUCCUCUGACCGACAAUGUUGUCAAACAGAGGCUUAUAAAACGAGUACAGGAAUCAGUUCUCAAUCGUUGGACCAAUGAUGCCCACAGGAUGGAUCGCCGUAUGUUGUCUCUUAUUUAUUUAGCUCAUUCUUCGGAUGUUUUAGAAAAUGCUUUUGCUCCACUCUCUGAUGAUGAUUAUGAAGUAGCCAUGAAGAGAGUACGAGAACUAUUGGAUCUGGACUUUGAUGCAGAGAGUAUGAAAGAAGGAACAAAUGAACUGAUGUGGGCAGUUAUCAGUGCUAUGAGCAAGUAAAAGUGGCAUACUCAGUCAUUUGAAUGCUUACUGUCAUGGGGGAAUAUUUUUGAUUUACACUCUUGGAAUUGAACAUAAAGAGUUGCUCUAUACAUUCAUAUAUAACUUCUUGUCAUAUUCUUUCCUAUAGUCAGUGAUCAAACACUAAUCCUGUUAAUUAAAGCAAUCCACAUUUGUAUUUUGAAUAGUCUUCAGAUUGGUUGAAUUUAUGACCACUAGCUAUCACAUGGGAGGGUGAAGAUGAAAUCAUCAUUUCUAGUUGAAUAAAGAAACAAGUACUGGUAUUUUAAAAUGUAGCUUCAUACAAAAUGUGGACUUGUUCCUCAACUAAUGCAAACAAUUUAGCUGUCCAUGUUUGAGUUAAAUAUAAUUUUGUUUUUAUAGCCACCAUGGACUUGUUUGUCAAAGGUGUUUUUUUUUCAUUAUGGGUUGAUUGUUAUACUUGUGCUGGUGUGUAUGUUGACAUUGAAAACAUGGUUUUGAUUUGUAGUGUAUUUGUAAACAAUGAAUAUGUGUUUCUGAUCUGAUCUUAUUAACAAUGAUAACUUGUGUUUUUGUUGUGGUAAUUUUGUUUGUUUACAAUGAAUGCAUUAAGUUUUUGUUUUGGGUUAUUUGUUACACAUUUUUAUUUUGGAUAUGGUAGUAGCUUGUGUGAGAAAAUAUUUACUAAUAGGAUUUUCUUUUUUUUUUUAACACAUAGUUUUCAUAAUAACAUCCCAUAUAAAUGUUAAAUACAUAUAAAUUAAAUUUC